AUGGGCUCUAUUCUAUUGCGAUUUGAGAGUCGGAAUGGCCAGUUUCGACUCACGGUCAGUCCGCAGGAACUGUUCCCAUCGCUCAACCAAAAGAUCCUGGAACACCUCCCGGCAAACGUCGAACCUUCAUCCAUCGCCCUUUCAAAUAAACCGAUCGGCACAGGUGGCGAGGAAAGGCAAUUAGCAACACUACAAGGCGUCUCCUUGCAACAGGUUGGCCUCAAGCAUGGUGAUAAGCUUUUUGUUGGGUACAAGGAAAAGGCACAGCACAAUGGAGUUUCAAACGGCACCAGCUCCACCAAAUCAGAACACCGUCUCAAUGGCGCACCUAUUCCCGAACAACAGACGGUCCCGAUCCGCCCACAGCCCACUCUAUCUAGUGCCGCUAAAGCUUCUAUCAAGAACCCGUGGGACCAAGUGCAACAAUCCCCAUUAGACAACUUGCUGGACAAGAAAGAUGGAAAGAUCAAGCGUGGAAUGGAUUACAAGAUGUGCAAGCAUGGCCCACGAGGCAUGUGCGACUACUGCAUGCCACUUGAGCCAUAUGACAAGAACUAUAUGGCAGAGAAAAAGAUCAAACACCUUUCCUUCCAUUCAUACCUACGGAAAAUCAACGCAGCGACCAACAAACCCGAGCUGGGCACCUCAUUCAUGCCCCCUCUCAACGAACCAUACUACCGAGUGCGACCCGACUGUCCCUCAGGGCAUUCCCCUUGGCCGGAAGGCAUUUGCACCAAGUGUCAACCAAGUGCAAUCAGCUUGCAACCCCAGGAGUUCCGCAUGGUAGACCAUGUUGAGUUCGCCUCACCGGAUCUGAUCAACUCUCUGCUUGACUUCUGGCGAAAGUCGGGUGCGCAGCGACUGGGAUUCUUAUAUGGCACUUACGAGGAGUACACCGAAGUACCGCUUGGUGUGAAGGCUGUUGUGCAAGCAAUUUAUGAGCCCCCACAGGUGGGUGAAGUUGAUGGCAUUACACUUCAUGAAUGGCACAAUGAACAUGAAGUGGACGAGGUGGCCCGUCUGUGUGGGUUGCAGAAGGUUGGUGUAAUUUAUACUGACCUGCUUGAUGCCGGCCGUGGAGACGGGUCAGUGGUAUGCAAGCGACACAUUGACUCUUACUUCUUGUCUUCACUCGAAAUCGCCUUUUCUGCCAGACUUCAAGCACAAAACCCAAAGUCCACAAAAUGGAGUCGCACGGGUCAAUUUGGUUCGGACUUUGUAACAUGUGUGCUCAGUGGAGACGAUGCAGGUGCAAUUGCUAUCAGCUCGUACCAAGCGUCCGUGUCUGCUGUUGAGAUGGUUCGAGGAGACAUCAUCGAGCCCUCCGCAGACCCAUCCGUUAUGCUGGUACAAUCGGAGCAUGAUGAAGAUAUCGGAAGCAGAACCAGAUACAUCCCGGAAGUCUUCUACCGACGAAUUAAUGAGUACGGCGCAAGCGUCCAGGAGAAUGCCGAGCCGAGUUUCCCAGUCGAUUUCUUGCUAGUGACCCUCACCCACGGAUUCCCAACAGAAUCAUCCCCGAUAUUCACCAACAGCCGAUUCCCCAUUGAAAACAGAGAAGUCAUCGGCGAGAGCCAGGAGCUUCGACACGUCGCACAGAAACUCAUGUCCCAUGGUGACACCGACAAGGCCAUCCAAGGCGUCUCCGACUUCCACAUCUUGUGCUUCUUGCAUGGACUUAGCACAUUCAACAAGGACGAGGAGUCGCUACUCUGCCGCGUCGCACGAACCAAAUCUCCCGCCGAAGGAAUCCAGCUUGUGAAUACGCCAGGAUGGGCAACGUUGAUGACAAUUCUUCAGGAGAGUGGUGAGCGCCCCCUAAGCGCCCCUGGCCCACCCCGGCCGAGCCUUCUCGGUCAUCUUCCCAGGAUUCCCAAAUCCGCAAACGUCGCAAUCCCCAACCCUCCACACUACCCCGCUCCAUAUCUCCCAGUCCCGAGAGUGAGCAGCUUGCUAAGAGGUUUAAGGGAGCUAGUCUAG